AUGAGGAGAUUACCACCAUACAGAGCUACCAUCAGAGAUGCUGCGAUGAGAAAGGCAGACAGGCCGAACGCUAAUAGAAUUUGGAGACAGCUAGGAAUCAAAUCUAAGCAAAGAAACACCACCAUAUUUCAACAGCUUUCGCUUUCGCAAUUCCUCGUCUUACCACAUCCCCCAAUAUCGAAGACCGGAUACCAGCAUAAAGAUUUGUUUAUCAAAGCAACAUUCGUACAAAUGGCUACCAUCUCAAACAACGUCCUGACCGUUGGCCGACCUUCAAAAGCUGCUGCAACAACAGCUGUUUGUUCCGUAACAGGAAAGGGCCGGAACUCUACAGCGGUCGUCUUGCCUUUGGAUAAUGCGCCGGUAACCAUCGAGUCUUUCUGCUCAACUCAACCAAUGAGACAAAAUAGGGUCCACGUCCACCAGCAAUUCGAGAAAGCCAAAUACUGGGGUGGUGAUGGACGUCAAGGACCUAUGCCCAGGUAUACUGUUUACAGAUAA